AUGAGCGAUCCAAAACCAAACCACCCGCCGCCCACAAAGGCGCGCAAGCCACGUUCUUCUGCAACUCCUGGACAUACACCGGUUGCAGAGUCUGCGCCUACACAGGCACGUGGGGAACGUACAUCUGCAGCGAGUGCAAGGGCUUCAACUCAACGGAUUGAAGGAUCCCGUGGGGACCCGCCACCUGCACAGGCGCAGUGGCAACGUUCACCUUCGGCUACUGGUGCUGGAACUCCAUCGCUUGUAAGACCCGCAACAGCGCAGGCAGGCUCGCAGCGUCCAUCUAUGGCAAGAACAUUAGAUCCACUACGGACGGAAGAGGCGCCGGCUUCUGAAGCUGAAAAGCCCAAAGGUACAAUAUUCGACAAGCCACCCGGAACCCCACGUCCUUCAACUCGUCCCACACCUCUGCCCACACCACGUCCCACGCCACCUGAUCCAACUUUCCAGCGACCCUCAACAUCGAAAGCCCAGCCGCUUACGUCUACCCCAAGGGGGUCGGGUGAACCUCCUACUGACCAAGGUAAAGCAAACCCAGAGACCACACCAAAGCCAAAGCGUCGAUUUCUGGGACGAAAGGAGAAAAAACCAAAGGACCAACCAGUAGCAGCUGUCGCUACCGGUGGCCCUGUACCUGUUGCCCCUCCGCCAAAGAAGAAAAUAAGGCGCCGACGAGGCAUGUACACCACAGAAGAGGAGGUGAAAGAGGCGCUCAUUGAGAUGGCAGUCUUCAUUAUUUUCCUCUUACUAACCGUUUUGGUGACUUUUUCGGUGCGCAAUUUGCGGAUGUACCAUUAUAAUGAUAUGAUGAGCAAACUGUUUUACCAACGGGAUAUUGUUAUUGUACCUUCAGUGACAGUAUCGCUUGUGAAUAUUAUUACCGUCCAGGACUGGUGGGACUAUUUGAUUUACAAUUUUUUCAUUACUCUGCAUGGCGAUACCCCCAUAAUAUAUGACCAUGACGAUGGCGGAGGAAAUGAGACAAGUACGGCAAACGGAACGGAAACAAAUUCGACAGAAGCUCCAGCUAGUACAAAUCGCACCAGGCUUGGUCGCGAUCUUCAAAAUGCUAGACCACUUAAAGCUGUCGGUGGUGGAGGUGGAGGUGGCGGUGGCGGUGGUGCCGGUGGUUCUGCCAUUCAUGGAAAUUUCACCUUGUUCCCAGCUAGGACGCCAAACUUAGUAGGGCGCAUGUUUCUAAAAGAGAGUCUGCUGCUAGGUCCACCGCGACUGCGCCAGAUACGGGUCAGAAAGGAUACUUGUGACGUCAAUGACGCAUUUAUACGGUAUUUCAAUACAUGCUAUGGAGCCUACUCCGACGGCAUAGAGCAGCGAACUAGUGAGCAUGGCGGUGUUCCAUAUAAGACGAUGAGCCAGCUGGAUGCCACUGCUGUAUGGGCGGAGCUUAAUUUCUAUCGCUCCGGUGGUUAUACAGUCGAUCUGACCUACGAUAGGGAUAAGAAUUUGGAAAUGAUGGAAGAGCUGAAGAGCAACCAUUGGAUCGAUCGAGGCUCGCGCCUGUGUCUCAUCGAGUUUAAUUUAUUUAAUGAAAACCUUAACCUUUUUCAAAGUCUUAAAUUCAUAGCAGAGAUGCCACCUUCAGGAGGCGUACUGCCACAGGAACAGAUACAAGCAGUCAAGCAAUUCUCGUUUUUCACCGAUGAAAGCCUCAUGAAUUUGGUCGUCUAUAUUUUCUGGUAUAUUAUGGUCGUAUACUAUACCAUAUAUGCAAUUAUAGAUCUGCGAAAAGUGGGCUGGAAAUAUUACUACAAGUCACUGCUUAAUUGGCUGGACACGUUUAUAAUAGUGUUCGCCUAUCUGGCGUUAAUCUACAACGUCUGGCACACGUUUAAAAUACACUCUAUUUUUCGCGAGGGAAGAAAAGGGAAAAGCGACUUUCAAAGCUUGGAUUCCUUAUUGUUUUGGAACGAGCUCUACGUUGAUUUGGUAGGCCUCCUGGCCUUUCUAGUAUGGGUCAAGAUCUUUAAGUUCAUCAGUUUCAAUAAGACCCUAGUUCAGUUCACCACAACCCUAAAGCGCUGCUCCAAAGAUCUGGCCGGAUUUAGUCUCAUGUUCGCCAUAGUCUUUCUGGCGUAUGCGCAGCUGGGCCUUCUACUCUUCGGCACGAAGCAUCCCGAUUUUCGAAACUUUAUUACCUCCAUAUUGACCAUGAUACGCAUGAUCUUGGGAGACUUUCAGUAUCAGCUCAUUGAAAAGGCCAAUUAUAUACUGGGACCCAUUUACUUCCUCACCUACAUAUUAAUAGUGUUCUUCAUACUUUUGAAUAUGUUUCUGGCCAUAAUUAUGGAGACCUACAACACGGUGAAAGGAGAGAUUAGUCCAGGGGAACUUAACUUGGGCUUAUACUUCUACAAAAUGAUUGGCCGUAUAUUGUACUAUAUAACGCAUUGCGGCCGGAAAAGCCGCGCUCCUCCUGCCAACCCAAAUUUGGAAGAGGGCGAAUUUAGGGAACAACCCAGAGUAGCAACCAAAACUCACGCACAGCUUCAGGCUGAACACAUGGCAGAGAUGCAAAACGAAGCAAGGGAAAUCACGUUUAGGCGACUGGGUGAUCGUAUAUCAAUGCUCGAGGAUAUUUUGGAGAAAUUGGUCACGAACAUGGAUGAGUUAAUAAAGCGAGCAGAAAAACAGCAAAAGAAAAGACUUAAGAAGGAGAAGCAGAUGGAGAAGCAGAUGGAGAAGGAAAAGGAGAAGAACAAGACCACAGAAAACGAAACAGUCUAGCCAGAAGUUCCCCCUUUUUUCUGAAACCCAGUCAAAAAAAGUCUAAAUAUAAUUAUUUAAAUUACCUAAAAGCGAAA